GGCUGUCGCGAAGGAUGGAUGCUGCCUGCUGACCCGCCAGCCCUCUGAUUAACCGAUCGUGCGGACCGCUGAUUCUUUGGCCGUUGUUGUUGUUGUUGUUGUUGUUGUCGGUCCCUUGAACUCACGACCAUGAAUAUGAAUCCCCUUGACAUCCGGGCCAGCCAGUCGUCUUAUGGCGAGCCAUCGCCCUUGGCUGCUGCCUCCUAUGGCGCUCCGCAGCCGCCCCCAACCAAGGUGCUGAUGGAAGGCUACCGCGAUGCCCUUGACCCCCAACCGGCGGAGAAGCCGCGCUACACUCCGAUCAAUACCGCGUACCCCCAAAGCUCCGAGCCGCUCAAUACCCACGACCCCGUCGCCAUGUACCUGCUGACCGAAACCGCCAUGACUGAUAGCACACACUAUGAGAUCCUGUCCUUGGAGGAAGUGGAGGCACUGAAAAAAGAACACAAAUUCUUGUCAAGUCGCUUGAACGCCGCCAAAGGAAAUUUGGCCCUGGAAAUGAAACUGCGCGAUGCGGCCAUGUCCCUUAGCCGACUUUACACGUCCAAGAGCCCCAGUGCAAGCGGAGACUACGACGUAGAUACAGCUCCUAAUUCCCGUCAGAGCCGCAGAAGCCUUAUGGGGCCCAACGACCCGACCAUGGAUAAGACGGAAGAGGAGCUCGCACUGAGCACCCGGAAAUGCGAAGAGCUGGCGCAGGAGAUCUGGACCCUGGAGCGCAAAGUGCAACAAGUCAACAACAGGCUGCUGGAGCAUACGGCCGGAAUUCUGCAGAUGACACAUAAGGGCCUGAAGAAAAACAUUCAGAACAACAUCCCCGACACUCCCGAGAGCCUAUCCAGCCACAACACGCGCGGCAGCGUAGACGACUUCGACGAUCGGAGUUUCUAUAAGCCGACCGAGCAUCUUAAUGGGUCUCACGGACAUGGAGCACGAGAAGGACCGACCUUGAACGGACUGGGCCUAGAGGCAAUCCAGGAUACGGAAAGCAGACUGGAGUAUCUGAGUGGAAAAAUGCGAGACAUGAUCCUCCAGUCGAACCCGGACCAUGAUCUCGCGCCCAUCCCGCAACCCUCUCAUGAGGAAGGUCCAGUCAAUCCUACAGCAACGGUCGAAGCACACCUGGCAUACAUCGAAAAUGGAAUGAACAUGCUCGGUUCAAACCUUUCAAGUGGUCUGCCCCAGAGCCGGGCUGUCGACUACGAGUCCGAGCAACAGUUGGAGGAGAUCAAUGCACGCUUGUACAGCGUCGUACAACAGUCGGGGGUACCUCAUGCACAGACCCUGCCGCCGCCGCCAGACCCGUCCCAUGGCGACAUGGCGGAACAAUUCGGCUAUCUCAGUGCCGGUAUUAAUGGACUUGAAGAGCGGAUCGACAAACUUCUUGAGCAGAAGAGCAUUCUCACAACCCAAAUCCAGCAACAACGAGAACUAAACUCCAAGUCAGAUGCCGAGCGAGAUGCGCACAUCGCGGACUUGGGCGAACAACUGACCCACGUCCGGAAAGAGCUCGAGCUCUCCGAGAGUGAAGGUCAACGGUCGAGGGAGGCGUUGGAACAGGCCAUGGAACAGCUGGAAGCUAUGCGUCAGGAAUUGGCAAGCCAUCAGGAAGAGCACAAAAUGGAAGAUGUCUCCGGCGUCUUGACAUCCGAGAAGGAAGCUCGUGCACGCGCAGAGGCCGAAAUUGAACGUUUGCAGACAGUCAUGGAAGAGCUUCAACACGAAAAGGAAGCUCAAUCCGAGGCCCAUGAAGCGCGAGUCCGGGCAGAAAAUGAGCUUGCCCAGCUGGAAGCUCAUGUGAACGAACUCCGAUCUCAGCAUGCCACCCGUACGGAAGAACUCACUGUGGCCCACUCCCAAGCACAGAGUGAAAUCACACGUCUGCAGGGAGUGAUUGACCAGGUACAGGGUGAAACCGAUGCUAAGGUGGAGGCGGCCACAGAGGCUCAUUUUCAACAACUUCGCUCCCAAGCCGAUGCUCACACGGAGGAACUUACUGCCGCUCGCUCCCAGGCGGACAGUGAAAUUGCACGUUUGCAGGAUCUGAUCAGUCAGCUUCAGGAUGAGGUGGGAACCAAGGCAGAGGCGUCCGAAGCGCACGAGCGCGCAGAGCAGCAAAUAUUGCAAUUGGAAGAGACCCUGCAGCAGAUCCGCAAUGAAUCAGACGCCCAGAUAAGGGAGGCUACCGAAUCCAGAGCGCAGGCCGAGAGCGAGGUUGUUCGCCUGGAGACUUUGCUGGGCCAACUUCGUACCGAUAUGGAGCCCCAGCUGAAAGAAGCUACUGAGGCGCGCACGCAAGCCGAGGGCGAAGUUUCCCGGUUGGAAGCUACAUUAAGUCAGCUUCGAGCCGAUGUGGAGGUGCUCGAGUCUCAGCUCAAACAAGUUACUGCAGCACGCAGCAGCGCCGAGGAGAACGCCACACGCUUGCAGGCGGAGUUGACGGAGAUGGAAGGCGAAGUCGUACGGGCCCAAACCGAGCUUACGAUGGCCAAGGCUGAGCUCGAUGGCGCGUAUGGAUCCCGAGCUCAACGGGCGGCUGAUAUCGCAGCCAACCCUGCCAUCCAAAGGGAGUUUGACGAGUUGAACACCCGGAAUCUCGAGCUGGCCGAGGAACUUGCGGCCCUCAAGGCCGGCAAGCCCGGGAGCAGCGAUCUGCAGCACCGAGUGGAAGCACUAGAAAGAGAACUCCGGGAGACGGUGGACGAUUACGAAGCGAUGACGAAGGCUAGCAUCGAAUUCGAGAGAGAACGCGAGAGGUUCGAGGGCGUCAUUGACGCGCUGCGGGACCGCUGUGAACAACUGGAGACACAGCUCAAUGAGGAACGGAUCAAUUGGAUGGGCAGUGGCCGUGAUGGCCAUUACGAGACCACGUCAACGAUGGUGCUGAAAAAUGAAUUCAAGAAGAUGAUGCGGGACACGCGCGUUGAGAACAUGAAGAUCCUCAAGGCGGAACAGGAAGAACGCCGGCGGCUGGAAGGCUUGAUCCGGAAUCUGAAGAAAGAGCAGGCGAACCUGACGGGCAAGUCCAGCCUCAGUCAGGGCAUCCCGGCUCAAUGAUCAUGACUUACUGUACACUGUACACUUUCCCCGCUGUUUGGUUGUGUGCUUGCGUGCUUGCGAUUGAUGUCUCAUUCACCGUAAAUAUUAAUGUCUGUUAAUAACUACCCCCUCAAGCGUUUCUUUCUUUGUCGUACCCGAUCCAAAUGUGCAUAUAGAGAAUAUCUCAGGGACCAGGCCUGUUUCCAUAUUUGUUAUGUUUGCCAAUGGUCAUUGUUAUCCAUCCUGCACAAG